AUGUGCCCCUUCUUACGCGGGUCCAACAUUGAAGGCUACGCCCAAGACAAACCUUUGAACUGCCAAAAGCCCGCGAAUUCAGUGUCUCUGCAUCUGAUGGAACCUACAACCGUUCUAGAUGACUCAGUUGUCCUUGCUCCAGCUCUUUACAUUGCGUCUCUAUCGUCCAAGGGCGUAAUCUCAAAGCUUGUCGAUGCAUUCGAUGUCUGGAUACAGGUACCCCCUAAGCCUUUAGCAGCCAUCAAGGAUAUCGUCAAUGACCUCCAUAACGCUUCUCUCAUCCUGGACGAUUUCCAAGAUGACUCGCCACUACGACGAGGGAGUACAGCAACCCAUCUAAUCUUCGGACCCGCACAAGCAGUCAACAGCGCGACGUAUAUGAUCGUCAAAGCGGCUCAGGCAGUGGAUACCUUGGCUGCUCCCCAGAUGAUGAGCGCUCUCCUCCAGGGUCUGAAUACACAGUUCAUUGGCCAAAGUUGGGAUAUACAUUGGAGAUAUCAUUUGCACUGUCCCACGGAAGCCGAAUAUUUUGCCAUGGUAGACCAAAAGACCGGUGCCAUGUUGACCAUGAUGGUUCAACUCAUGCAGGCCAAUGGAAAAGCCUCGCCUUUCUCAGAUCGACUUUCAACCCUGGCCCGUCUUUUCGGUCGAUGGUAUCAAAUUCGCGAUGACUAUAUGAAUCUCCAAGGGGAAGAGUAUUCGAAAGCGAAAGGAUUCUGUGAGGAUCUUGAGGAAGGGAAAAUGUCCUACCCGAUUGUCAAAAGCUGUCAAAAGAGUGAGAACGUCAAGACCAUCAUAUUUGGCAUAUUUCGAGAAGCACGUUCGACGAACUCGCAAAUGAACCACGGAAACAAAUUGGCGAUUCUGCGCGCUAUGUCGAGUGUUUCCGCCCUAAACGAUACCUUCGAUUAUAUCCAGCAGUUGCAAAAGCAAAUCGGACAAGAAAUUAGGGAGAUCGAGGUCUUGAUAGGGAAUUCAAACCCGGAACUGUCGCUUUUGGUGGAAGCUUUAGGCUGUAUUCCUAAGCCUGUCAAGAUCUAA